GACCGGAAAGAAAGAAGAAAACCCAACCAAACCAAGAGGUUCCUUUGGUAAUUAUUCUUACAUUUCUGGGCAUAACUUUGAACUCCAUUUCCCGCCCAUUCCACCUCGAAGAAAACAAAUAAAAAGAAUUUUGUUUUUUUUUUUUUUUAAUUUGAAGCUCUCUCUGUUGCAAGUUCAAAACUCUCCGUCUUCUUCUCUUAGAGAAACUCUCACGGUCCGGACCGGUUCCUUCUUCUCUACAGUUCGUGCUCUUACAUUUCUCGAAAAAUCACGAGUUUGUGCGAUAGAUUUCGGCGGUUCCCUUUUCUCACCGCGCUAGCCUUUAUUUUGUAAAAACUGCGAUUUUUUUUGUGCGUUUGGAGGUGACAUUUGUUUUUCUAAGAUUUGAAAUGGGGAGCGAAGUGAAAAGUGAAGCCUCUGCUGAUUCUCCUACUUCCGUUCUUGAAGACGAGGAGCAAUGCAAUUUGAAAGUAGAAGAAGAGGUGUUUGUGGAAGCAAAAAAUGGGGACGCGUCUCUUAUAUCAAUAUCUAUGGCGGAGGAGGAAGAGAAGCUGUUGAAAUCCAGGAUGAAAGAAGAAGAGAUAGAAAAAGCGGCGGCGGAGGAAGCUCAGUUGGAUGAAAGCCAGUUUAAUAGAUUGGACCAGCUUUUAACUCAAACUCAGCUCUAUUCAGAGUUUCUGCUGGAAAAGAUUGAUCAAAUCACUGCUAAUGGAGCGGAGCAAGAGAGUGAACCUGUCGAGCAGAAAAAUAGAGGUCGUGGAUCAAAAAGAAAAGCCGCUGCGCAAUACAAUUCUAGGAAAGCCAAGAGAGCAGUUACCGCAAUGCUUACAAGAUCAAAAGAAGUUGACAAGGAUGAGGAUGCAAAUUUGACUGAGGAAGAAAGAGCUGAGAAAGAGCAGAGAGAACUUGUACCUUUGCUAACUGGUGGGAGGUUGAAAUCUUAUCAGAUUAAAGGUGUGAAAUGGUUGAUCUCUCUCUGGACAAAUGGGCUCAAUGGGAUCCUUGCAGAUCAAAUGGGGCUCGGAAAGACUAUCCAAACAAUUGGUUUCCUAGCACAUCUGAAAGGGAAUGGUUUAAAUGGACCCUAUAUGGUUAUUGCCCCUCUUUCCACUCUCUCAAAUUGGGUGAAUGAGAUUUCAAGGUUUGCUCCUUCUAUGGACUCAAUUAUCUACCACGGUAGCAAGAAACAGAGGGAUGAGAUAAGGAGGAAGCACAUGCCCAGAUCAAUUGGCUCCAAAUUCCCAAUUAUUGUUACUUCCUAUGAGAUUGCAUUAUCGGAUGCAAAAAAGUAUUUGAGGCAUUACCCAUGGAAGUAUGUUGUGGUUGAUGAGGGGCACCGGCUGAAAAAUUCAAAAUGCAAACUGCUGAAGGAGUUGAAAUACCUGCACGUGGACAAUAAGCUCUUAUUAACUGGGACACCUCUGCAAAACAAUUUGGCUGAGCUUUGGUCACUGUUGAAUUUCAUUUUGCCUGAUAUUUUCCAAUCCCAUGAAGAAUUUGAGUCAUGGUUUGAUCUGUCAGGAAAGUGCAAUAAUGAAACAAUGAAGGAAGAAGUAGAAGAAAGGCGAAGGGCUCAGGCUGUAACCAAACUCCAUGCAAUAUUGCGUCCCUUUCUCCUACGGAGAAUGAAAACUGAUGUAGAGCAGAUGCUUCCUCGGAAGAAAGAGAUCAUCUUAUAUGCUACCCUGACUGAGCAUCAGAAGAAAUUCCAGGAGCAUUUAAUCAAUAAGACACUGGAGGACUAUUUACGAGAGAAGCUGGAUACCGGACGUGGCAUGAAAGGAAGGCUUAAUAAUUUGAUGAUUCAACUUCGGAAAAAUUGCUACCACCCGGAUCUCUUAGAGUCUGCCUUUGAUGGCACAUAUUUCUAUCCACCAGUUGAACAGAUAGUUGGGAAGUGUGGCAAAUUCCAAUUGCUGGAUAGAUUGUUGAAUCGUUUGUUUGCACUCCAGCACAAAGUUCUGAUUUUCUCCCAGUGGACUAAAAUUUUGGAUAUAAUGGACUAUUAUUUUAGUGAGAAAGGAUUUGAAGUUUGUAGAAUUGAUGGCUCUGUGAAGUUAGAGGAGAGGAAGAAACAGAUCCAGGAAUUCAAUGACGAGAACAGUCAGUUUAGGAUUUUUCUUCUUAGCACAAGAGCUGGUGGAUUGGGUAUCAACCUCACUUCAGCUGAUACCUGUAUCCUGUAUGACAGUGACUGGAACCCUCAAAUGGAUCUGCAAGCCAUGGAUAGAUGUCACCGAAUUGGGCAAACCAAGCCUGUCCAUGUUUACAGGCUUACAACAGCUCAGUCUGUUGAGGGUCGUAUUUUGAAAAGAGCUUUUAGCAAGUUGAAGCUUGAGCAUGUGGUCAUUGGAAAAGGACAGUUUCAUCAAGAGCGAACCAAGUCUACCGGCACAGAUCUCAUGGAGGAGGAGAUGCUGGCCCUGCUUCGGGAUGAAGAAACAGCAGAAGACAAGUUGAUACAGACAGAUAUCAGUGAUGAAGAUUUAGAGAGGGUGUUGGAUCGCAGUGAUUUGGUCGUAGGCUCAUCAUCAGAUGACAUGGAAAACAUGGCUGCCACUGUUUCAAUUCCUCUGAAAGGGCCUGGUUGGGAGGUGGUUGUACCGACUGCCAGUGGAGGCGUGCUCUCUACCCUUAAUAGUUAGAAGUUUGUUCGCCACAUCCACAGAUGGUGGUCGCGGUUGCAGACCUGGCCUGACCACUGAAUGUCUGCGUUUUUGGGGAGGGGUGGCCUCAGACGGAGGAUGUGGAUCCUGAAUGCCUUACUUUUUUGCGAGCAGAAUGUUGCUCUUAGUCGGAUGCUUCUCCAUGAUUUUGGUAACAAUAGAAUAGAAAGAGGCCGUUUUUUGGUAAAUGUCUAAUUAUCAGAUAUUUGUAUUUUUCAUGUUCUGAAUCAAUUUUAGAGACAAAAUGUAGAAUUGACUCGAAAUGAUGUUAUUUUAAGGAGUAUUUCCAAAGAUCAA